AUGAACAUAUGUUCUCCUCAUUUUCUACACCCUCAAAAUUUCUCUCUCUUCUUCCUCAACGCCUUCCUCUCUCGAAGUGCCUUCCUCUCCCGUGCUUCCGAUUUUCAUCAUUCUUUCCGAUCAUUCUUGAUCAUUUUUCGAUCAUCCUUCGUCCUCUCUUCUUCUUCCUUUGUGAGCAUUACAGGAUGCACAGUCUUAUAUGAUAACUGGUCUGAUGGUAGGACUGGAUCACUUGCUGUGUUUUCUGUUGCAUGUCCAAAAGGAACCUUGUUCUUGAAAACUCAAGGGGUAUGUAUAAUGGAGCUUGAUUUGAAUGAGGAGCCGUCGGAGCCAACUCAUGCUUCUCCAUAUGAAUUUGAUUCUUUGUUGGAAGAACUGGAAUCUGCCCAUGAACAUGUGCAGGACCGUAUUAGGCGCCUUGAAGCGAUAACUUCCAGAGCCAGGCAGUAUCACUGGAAAUUUCUAUGAUUGCAAUAUAUGCUUGGACAAGGCAAGAGAUCCUGUUUUAGCCUAUUCAAAUGCAAGGGAGUGCCCUGUUUGUAAAGGAGAGGUCACUGAAACUGGCAUUAUUCCAAUUUAUGGAAAUUCAAGUGCUGAUGGCAGUUGUGAGUCAGGAUUAAAAGACUUAGACUAGUCCAUUGGACCCUUCUUCUUCUUCUUCAUCUCACAGAGGAAGCACUCGUGUUUCAACUUCGAGGCAAGUUUCAAAUGAUCGCAGAAGAAGGAGAUCAAGAUGAAGGUCUUUUAUGUAAGGAGAUGUAAAUCAUAUUACCAGAAGGUUCCCAAUUUAUAGAAAGCGACAAUUUGUUUUUUUAUAGAAAAUUUUCUGUUUAUUUAAGCAAUUGGUUUGUAUAAAGGAAUAAACAACCAUUUUAAACAUUUUGUGUGGUGUUAGCCAAUUUUUAUUCAAUGGAUGAGAGGAUAUUACAUUAAAUCAUCA